UGCCACAACUUUACACACAAACGUAAACGUCAAAUCUAAGUGACAAUUGAGGAAAAUUGAUAAUGAAAACAAUAUAAUUUCUUGUUAUUUUAACGCUACUUACGGAGCUUUAAAUACAGUGCAGUAUAAAAAAUAGUGUUUUAUUAAGUGUCAAUGCUAUGGGGAAACAAAUUAAGUCCGACGCGGAAGAGUCAAGCCGGAUGUGGGCCAGUGCGUCCUUCGUGGGCGUACUCAUCAUCAUCGGCCUGCCGCUCUGGUGGAAGACCACGGAGGUGUACAGGGUAUCACUACCAUACGACAAGAUCGCGUCUUUCGAUUCGCUGUCUCACACUAUCGCUACCGAGGUGACAGUGAUGGCGAAUGACGACGCCAUCGCGUCGCAGAUAGCGGGGCUCAUUGAAAAGUCCUUUGAGGAUUCUACCACACUAAAAAUCAAAGUAAACAAGACCAUCCUCUCGGACUCACUCCGCAAUACGCUGGAAUCUGUCGCUGACGAGCCAGAAGCGAUAGAAGAGGUAGCGGCCAGCGUCAGCGUGUCAAAACCUAACACGCUAUAUGUGGUGCAGAGGACGCCACUGUUUCAAAAUGUCUGGCUUAGUGGGGAGCGCGUCAUGUUCUUCAGGGAUUCCAAAGCUGGUCCAACCAUCGUCCAAGCUCUCAAAAACUGGGUAUACCAGACCUCAGUACUCCAAGCCGUAGUUUCAGAGUCAGACGAACCGCGACGCACUCGGUUCCCACCCGGCGGCGGAUACCACGUCACCCUCUCUGUGGCCGUGCCUUCGCCUAAGACCAAGCUUCGAUUCCCGGCUAGAGACGCUAUGGAAGAUUAUAUCGGCACGUUUGUGGACGAGCUCAGCGAGCUUCACAACUUCACGCUCAAAUCCCAGUGGCUGUAUCUACUCGACUUCGAUUUCCAAGCUAAAGAGGUAAAAGACACAAGCGAAUACGGCCGCCAUUUCGCCGUAAACAGAGACCGUCUCCACCUGCUCCUGACCAGGCUCGAGGAGCGCGCCGCCACGCACGUCUCAGAGCUGCCGACCAUCAACCUAGUACUGUACGCUGUUCCUUGCGAGAAGACACCACUUGUUAUUUAUGAUGGUGACACCCGCGUCCCCACUCCUGUGCAGGCCUUCAUGUCUCCAAAAUGGGGGGGAGUGGUGCUCGCCAACCCCAAGCCGGAAGAAUGCAGAGGGGAGGGGGAAAUGGAACCCAACGUUCAGCGCGUCAUGGGCGCGUUCAUAGCUCAGCUGAGACCGCUGCUCGGGAUACCGGAUAUGGGCCACAUCCCGGACGCCCAGCUGGACCCGCUGCGGGCCGUGGGUCCGCGCCGCUGGGAGGUGGACGCGUUGCUGCGCCUCAGAGUUUUGGAACAAAUCACCUCAGCUGAAAACACAUUGCAGUCGUUAGCGCAGUUGCUAGGUGAAAUAUCCAACAUCGUGAUCAACGACGAUGUGGGCGCGUCCAUCAACGCGGCCGUCGACGGCAUCGGCCUCGCGCGCGCGCAGCUGGCCGCCGGGCAGCUGCUGGCCGCCUACCGGAGCUCCCGCGGGGCCCACGGGGCCGCCGAGACCGCCUUUAUGGAGCCUAGCCUUCUAGCUUUGCUGUACUUCCCUGACGAUCAGAAAUACGCCAUCUACAUCCCCCUGUUCCUGCCCAUAAUGUUCCCGGUGGUGCUGUCUCUCAAGACCUUGCUGCUGUGGCUGCGGGGAAAGCCUCUGCAUAAGGAGAAGGCUGACUAACGUGAUUACCAAAGUAUUAUAUGUAAUGUAAAUUAUUUAAUGCAUUUAGUGAAUAAAUGUGAGUUUGUAAUA